UAAAGAUCACGGUUAAUAUGUUUCCUCAAAGAGUGUCGUAGUUUGUACCCUCGUGCGUCCAGAAGGGAAACUACGGCGAUAGACGUGUUUAGUUAGAGUGUCCAGAGUCAUGAAACUUAGUCCUUGUCAAGCCCCGUUAUAUGGCAAGUGUGUGCUAACAGUUCAGCUUUGCGAUGAGGCGCUCCGUGAAGGAGAACAGGGGGAGGUGCAGUUCUUCCUGUGGUUCACUGGCUCCUCUCAGCGACAUCUAACCAGCACACUGAAGCUCAACCAUGGCACCAUUCAGGCUGUGUGUCCAGCUCAUAACUGCUGUGAGUCAGUGCUGGUCACCCUAUGCUCAGCGGGACGGGACGGUUACGUUCAUACUCUGGCCACCGAGCACCUGCACUUCAUGCAGGACCUUGCCUUUGACAUGGCCCAGUUCCUGGUGAGUGCGGUGGGGCAGACGGACAUACUGGAAGAGGCUCUGCUACUGGAUGAGCAUCAGAUCCCACUGCAGGAGUGCGAAAAGCUGGACCAGGGUCUGUCCCUGGCCCUCAGACAUCUCACGCUGCCCCCUGGCUGGAGCCUGCUGGGGAACAACACACGACUGGAACCUCAAGAGACCCUUCUACACUUUGCAGCGCGUCGUGGGCUCCUCAAAGUGGCCAGUUUUCUCCUCAAGCAGCCAGGGGCCCGAGAGGCCCUCAACCUGUGUAACAAACAGGGGGCCACACCUGUGGUCAUCGCUGAGAGCCGAGGACACACUGCACUGCUAGAGCUCUUCAGCCUGGAGGAUUUGGAUGCAGACAAUGGCGUUGAGACACUCAGACAGGUCUCCUCCUCGGGCAGUCGCGUGGUACAGCACCACCCCUCUCUGAACACCUACACCCUCUCUGUGAGCACCGAGCCGGGCGGUGCAUCACCCAACCUGCAGGCUGACAUCCUGGCACUGCGCAGCCUGAUCAUUUGCCAUUGUCAGGGGAACGUGAGUCAGGGAGGAGUUGCGUUUCAGCAGAGCUCAGAUUCUCCGCACAUUGCCCAAGAAUGUGAUCAUGGCCUGGAGACCAGAGUUUGCUUUUGUGAAGAGGCACCGCACGACUCCCUUGACACGGGAGAACGAGGGUUCACUCCUUUUAGCACUGAAGAAAACAAAGGAGGAUGUAAUGGCAGCCUGGAUCAUUACGGUGACGGAGGUCCCUCGCUCAGCUGUGAAACUGCCACGGCUCUCCUACACAAUGGCAAUAGUCAAGAUAAGCGGGCGUGUGCUUGUGAAAACAGUGAGACUGAUUGCAGAGCGCAAGAGGAGAGCUCAACUGCUGGUGUAGUUAGUACCGGGGACAUUGGAGAUAGUAGUGAUGGUUUGCAGAGCAAUUCUGUGAACUUAACCUACAGAAUCUCUUCCUGCGGACAACAGAAAGAGGAAGCUGAUAAAGCGGAUGACUUAAUCUGUGAAGCACCGGGGGAAAGUCAGCAAAAAGGACACGACUCUGUAGAGGGGAAGGUAUUGGAGGAGAAAGAGCUAUCUGAGUGUAACCCCACCGCUGAAGCAGGAGAUAUGGGAAUUACUCAGUCUUUGGACACGCCGGAAAGCUCGGAUGUUGAAUCUUCUUCUCAGGGUGCUGAGACUGAUGAUGAGGAAGAGGAUGGGUGCAGAGAACUCAUAGAACCAGUGGAAUUGCGAGAAGAAAGCAAGGACGUAAAUCCAGAUGGAGAUGCACCUCUAGAUUGCUUGAACCAAAAUUGGUUUGAAAAUGAAAUGCUUGUUUGCCGAGACGUUCGUGAUACAACUGGUGAAAAAGGAACUUAUACGAUGGAGGGAUCUGAAGGAGGCGUUUGUGAGAAUAUCAGGUGUAAUUUGGAAGGUAAUCAAGACCAUCUUGAUUCUUCAAGAACUUCUGAUCAAGAAGAUGCCAAUGAAGAGUUUCAGGAGACUCUAGAAAUGCCAUACUCGGAAACCGAUGCCGACCAACAGAAGGAGGAACUUGGUGAUACAACCUCAAGGACUUCAGUUGCUGAACAUGAGGGUGUUUCAUGCCUUCAUGAAAUAAAUCGGGAGCUGUUGCCUGUGGAACAUCCGAUUCUUUCUUUUAUUGAAGAUGCAGUGGAAGAAGGAAGUGAGGUUGACGGACAGAGACUAAGUUCUUUCGAUAUUUCACAAACUGAGCCUGGACCAGAACCUGGAUCUCCUAUAGCAACUAGUGAGGACACCUUAGAACCUGAAGAUCUUGAGGUUCUUUUAGGUUCCUGCUGUGGGGGGAUGGAGGAUGUCCAAGAGAACCAGGAGAACAAACCCAUUUUUGAAGCUCAGGCAACACCGGAGGAAGUGCUUGAGUCUGCGAUUCCUGCGGAUGUGGAGAAAGUGAAAUUUCCAGAUGACUCUUCUCAGGAUCCCAGUCAAGAUAUGACCUCAAACAAUGAGGUCAUGCAGGGCACAGCAGAAAUAGAGUCUUCAGAAGGAAAUCCAGGCAUAGUUUUUGUAAAUACUAAUAAAUCUGGAGAUCAAGGUGUCCUAGUUGAUCCCUCAGACAUGCCUGUUUUAUUCAAGUCAAAUGAGUCUGGAAUCUCUGAGGAAAGUCUGGCAGUCAAUACAGAAGAUCUAAUUAGUGUUUUGGUCAACAGUGACCAUGUAGAAGGUGCCUUACAUGUCUCUAAGGCUCUUGACAAGAGUGACAUUAUAGAUUCUUCUGUGUGUCCUGAACAAUCCCAGGAAAGCUUAGAUCCAAUGCAUCAAGUCGUAGAAUCUGCAGUGCAUGAGGUUGGGCAACCAGUGGGUGAAGAUGACCCACUUAAAGAGUCAGAUGCACAUUUGGAGGAUCAGGUGGACUUUCAGAAGACAACGUGGCCUGAUACCAUGGACAAAAAAGAUGCACCACUGAUCCACAGAGACAAAGACUCACUGUGUUCCAGUGUUUCUCAGAAGAGACACAGCCUGUCCACAGAGAGUUCACAGUAUCCAGAGUUUCACACUUGUAAUUCAGAAACAGUCACAUUUCGAGACUCAGGCAGCGAUACAGAUGGAUUUCUCAGUCCUGACACUGGAGACGACAAUUUCUUCAAAAAGGGUCAGGAGGCAGUAGGUGGAGGUGACAGCACGAGCGAGGUGUCCGUCUCCUGCUCCUCCACAGACGACACAGCCAGCGUGGGGCAUCCCAGCUCCUCGGCCGAGAGCUCUGAGGAGGUACGGCAAGAAGAGGAGGCCAAAGACAGGUUAACCGAGGUGCCGCUCCCCGCCUCUCUCUUCCGCUCCAGCGUGCGCUCGCUCUCUCCGUUCCGCAGACACAGCUGGGGUCCUGGGAAGAUCCAGGGAGGGGAAGAAGAGAUGAACCAGCGCAGUUCUGUACGAAGUACAGGAGACGGCAGACCUGUCUUUUACAGAAGAAGUCUGAGCUGGUGCCCCAGUGAGCCAUGUCAAGAGCUGGAAGAAAUUAGAGAGCUCAUCAGUUAUAGUUUGGAGGGUCUAGCAGCAGGGAUUGAGGAUGGCAAACGCUGGAUCCCGCAGUCCGGAGGCCCAUCAGAAGAUCAGGGACGAGUGCAGAGGCGGGAAAGUGAAGAGAGGGGCUCACUGAUGUCUCUCACAGAAGAAGGUCCUGAAUCUGAUUUGGGAGAGUGCAGCAGUACAGGUGGUCAGAAAUCAAGGAAGUAUCACCAGUUCAGACACAGCGGUCAAUCUGUGACUCUCCCCCUCAUGAAAUCAGUCUCUAUGUUGUCCAUCAGCCAACGGGACAUAGAUGGCAUGACAUCAUUCAACUCCAGUUCAAUGCGAUACAGCAUUACAGAGGAGGAACCUGGACCUUUAAGAGGAGAUUUUGAAAAAAGUAGCACCAAAGUGAGCCGGACUUUCAGCUAUCUAAAGAACAAAAUGUACAAGAAAGCGAGAGAAAAAGACAAAGAAAAGAAUCGGGAGAAAGACAGAGAGAAAUCUGUGAAUGGACACCUGUUCAGCACGUCGAGUUUGCUGCAUCCGGCUUUGUGCCAGCAAUGCAACAAAACCCUCAACACUAAAGAUGCUGUCAACUGCACAAAUUGCAAUGUGAGAGUUCACAAGAGCUGUAAAGAAAGCCUCCCCAUUUGUCCCAAAAGCAGAAUGAAGCAGUUUGCAAUACCAGAGUCCACCACUAUGCCUGUCGUCACUUUACGAACAAAAUCGUCCACACUGCGGGAGCGUCCCUGGUCUGCCAUCUUUUCUCCAGAGGAACAUUCUGUGAUUCUUCCUUCAAGACGACCCACCAGUAUUAUGCCCUUCCACAGCAGCAACCUCUCGAAAAGCAUGUCCAUCAACAAUAUUGCAAUGUUUGACGAUAUACCACUGAGAGGUAUGCGAUAUCUGUCUCAAUCCACAGACUCCCUCCACAAACCUAAUAAGGUCACAGCGUCCAAUGAGUCUCUAGAUGAAGGAACCGAGAUGGUUGACAGCCGGCUGAUGGGAGAGUUUGAAGCAGAUGUUAAAGAACUGGAGGCGGACUCCUGGAGCAUUACUGUAGAUAAGAAAUGUCUGAAGCAUCUCAAGAAGGACAUCAUCAAGAGGCAAGACGUCAUCUAUGAGCUGAUCCAGACGGAGAUGCAUCACCUGCGGACGUUACGGAUCAUGUCUAAUGUGUACAGUAAGGGCCUGCUGACAGAUCUCCAGCUGGAGGUCCAGAUGGUGGAGAAGAUGUUCCCCAUGCUGGAGGAGCUCCUGGAUCUCCACUCGUUCUUUUUCAGUGCACUGCUGGAGAGGAAGAAGGAAGCCAGCCUGGAUGGAGCGAACGGCUUUAUAAUCGACAGAAUAGGAGACGUGCUGGUCAACCAGUUCUCAGGCUCUAAUGCAGAAGGCAUGAAGAAAAUCUAUGGCAAAUUUUGCAGUCGACACAGUGAAGCAGUGAACUUCUACAAGGAGCUGCAUGCCAGAGACAAACGCUUCCAGGCAUUCAUCAGGAAAAAAAUGAGCAGCAGUGUUGUCCGGCGGAUGGGCAUCCCAGAGUGCAUUUUACUGGUUACUCAGCGAAUAACAAAGUACCCUGUGCUUUUGCAGAGAAUCCUUCAGCACACUAAAGAGAACGAGAAGGAUAUCGAGGACUUGACGCAGGCGCUUCAGCUGGUGAAAGACAUAAUUGCUUCAGUGGACAAUAAAGUAAAUGAACACGAGAAGAAGAAAAAGUUGAAGGAGAUCUACGGCCGAACGGACAGCAAGUCCAUCACGCGCAUGAAGAACGGCCAGAUGUUUGCCCGAGAGGACCUGCUUCGCGGUCGGAAGCUUCUCAAUGAUGGUCCUCUGCAGUUGAAAAACGCUGCUGGACGACUGAAGGAUGUCCACGCACUUCUUCUCUCUGAUGUCUUUGUGUUCCUUCAAGAAAAAGAUCAGAAAUAUGUUUUUGCGUCUCUGGACCAGCGAGCCACAGUUAUCUCCCUGCAGAAGCUGAUCGUGCGUGAGGUGGCCCACGAGGAACGCGGCCUCUUCCUCAUCACGGCCGGCAUCGCAAACCCCGAAAUGGUGGAGGUUCACGCCAGCUCCCGAGAUGAACGCAACACCUGGAUGCAGCUCAUUCAGGACGCCAUGCACUCUAUAGAAAAGGACGAUGAUGAAGGGAUCCCGAGUGAAACGGAGGAAGACAAGAAGCUACUCGAAACUAAAACUAAAGAAAUGAGAGACAUGCUCCAGAGGAAAGAUGAACAGAUCGUUUCACUCCUGAUGGAGAAGAUGAAGCUUUUCCGUGAAAUGUGCGGUUCGUCCGACGACACGGCUUCACAAGUCAAAAUGCUCUUCAGGUCCAACAGCGAGGACGUAACCAAGGGGGAACCCAUCAUGAUAGACGCUCUCAGAGAGGUGGAGAUGUUGCAGGCGCUGGUGAACAGCACUCUGGGAGGGGUGGUCGGGCAGCAGGUGGCCUGCGCUCAGGGGAACAUGGGGCCCGUGUGUCUGCCACGCAGAGCCGAGACCUUCGGAGGAUUUGACAGCCACCAGAUGAACAUCUGCAAACAUGGAGACAAAGAGGAAGCCGAAGAUCUUCGGAGGACAGAAUCUGACAGUGUGCUAAAGAAGGGAGGAAAUGCCAACCUGCUGCUCCUGCUGAAGAAAAACAGCGAGCAGGUCCUGAGUAGUGUCACUCACCUUCAUGACCUCCUGACCUCACUUCAGGCCGUGGUGCUGCAGCAGGACACUUUCAUCGAGGACCAGCGUCAGGCCCUGAGCGAGCGCGCCCCGUCCCGUUCCUCCUCUCGUUCCUCCUCUCGCCCCCCCUCGCUGGUGGAGCAGGAGAAACAGCGCAGCUUGGAGCGACACCGUCAGGAAGCCACCGCCCUGCAGCGCCAGCAAGCCGCCCACGCCGAAGACAAGCGGCGCAAGGAGAAGGAGUGGGAUGUGAAGGAACGGGAGCUGACGGACCGGGAGGUGCUGGUGCACGUGAGGGAGGAGGAGAUGCGGAGGAGGAACAAGGAGUUGGAGGAUGCACAGCAGGAGCUGCUGGCAAGGAAGGAGGAUUAUCAGAGGGAUCUAGAGAGACUGAGGGACGCUCAGAGGAGGCUGGAGAGGGAGAGGGAGCAGAUGCAGAGGGAACUGGAGAGAGUGGAGCACCUCCGGGAGGUGGAGGCUCGGCUCCAGCGCACCCCUUCCAGCACAUCGGAGGACUCUCUAAAGCUCCAGAGCAGCAGUUCUAUAGAGCGAGAGCUCUGGGAGGGCGAGUCAUCGUCCAGCCCCAGGAAGAACUCUUUGUCCAGGAUUGACUCCAAACAGAAGGGUCGCAGCCUCUUCUCCCUGGGCAGCAAAACUCAGAGCUUAGAGGGUCAAAACCAAAUGCCUACACGACUGCUACAGCUGGCUACAUCCAAGGACAAAAAGGACAAAAAGAAGAAGAAGAGCAAAAACCAGCCUCAGGAUGCAGCAUCACAUCUGUUGCCCUUGGCAGAGCCUCCUAUGGACGGAGAGAUCUUCUUCUGCUGAUUUACCCAUCAUCCUUCCCUCUCAUGGACUUUCUAUCAAAUCAUUUAGGAAGCAGCAUACCGCAGUUAUGGCUCAUCUUACAUUUUUUUAAAAUGUCAUAAAUCACACAAAACGUAUCCAUGUCAUGUUACACCCCAGAAUAAAAAAUAAAAAAGCUGAUUUUAGGAUUGUUUUUAUUUAAUUUUUAUUUUUUUAGAAUAAUUGCAUUGUUUUAAUAGCAAUUUACCCCCAAAUUCUUAUUACAGUAAAGAGUAAUAAUAGAAACCGUAAUAAUAUAUUAUUUGAGUUAUAUUUAAAUAGCAUGGUAAAUGUUUUACUGCUGUUAUAUAGUAUUUUAUUACAGUAUUUUUUUUACUGUAA